UAAUCUGAAUAACAGCUUUUACUGGCCGGACUAUAUCGACCGGCCUCAGAUUUAGCAACUCAUUCCUAAAGCUUCCCUCCCUUUCUGACUUUUUCAUUGUGGCGUCCAGGCUGUCUGCCUCCAGAUGAUGAGCAUAUUGGCAGCUGCAUCACUUCCACCCUGUUGAGUUAUUGAGAUUAGUUUGCUGCUUUUUCCUGCCUGGUAUGGAAGCUGGAUGUGCCUGCAGCACCUCUGCGUGUUUGUUUCUGAUCGAAAGUUGUUGGGGUAAUUGUUAUUGACUGACUGUAUACCCUCCCCCACUUUUUUUUUUAAAACUUAUAUAUUUAUUUUUCAUUUUGACCCAACCCCCCACGGUGAGAGGGAUUCUGCUGAGGGGAUGUUCUCCUCUUCAUCCAGAAACUCUUUGUUGUCGCCUUGGACGUCCAUGGAGCACUCCGACUCUGAAGCGCUGGACAUCAGCACCAAGGUGCAGCUGCACGGCGUGCUGUGGAAGAGACCCUUUGGAAGGCCAUCAGCCAAGUGGUCCCGCAGAUUCUUCGUCAUCAAGGACAGCUUCUUGCUCUAUUAUGCAGAGAACGAGAAGAGAAACUUUGAGAGCAACAGGUAUUUCAAUAUCCAUCCCAAGGGAGUCAUUCCUCUGGGAGGAUGUGUGGUGUCAGCCAACGAGGACAUGGGGAUGCCUUUUGCCAUUGUGGUCAACCUUGAAGAUUUCACAGGUACCAUAGUCCUGGCUGCUGAGUCUGAGGAGGAGCAGGUCCAAUGGAUGGAGAUGCUCCAGGACUCAGGGAAAGUCACAUGGAAGAACUCCCAGCUCGGGGAGGCCAUGAUUGAAAGCCUGGAGGCUCAGGGACUGCAGCUGGCCAAGGAGAAACAAGAAUACCUGGACAAACUGAUGGAAGAGACAGAGGAGCUAAGCCAUCAAAGAGCACAGCGGGAGGAGCUGGAGCGUCUCAACCAGGUCCUGGAAGAGGAGAAACGGAAGUUUGAGGAGGUGGUUCUGGAGCUGAAGGCAGAGCAGGAGCAGAUCAAACUAGAUCUGGAUGGUACAACUAGGUCCCUUAAAAGUGUUGACCGGGAAAAAGAAGAGCUGAGUUGCUUAACAGUUACACUUCAGAAGUCUAUAGAGGAACUCUCUCAGGAGAAGCAGCGUAGACUUCUGCUGCUGGGGAUGAAGGAGGAAGAAGAGAGGGAGGUGGACAAACAGAGUUUGGAAUCAACAUGCAAAGAGUCUGUGGAUGAUGAGGAGCCUCAGGAUCCGGAGUUGCUGCAGGACCUUCGACACAUCGAGGAGCAAAUGAAGAUCCUGCUGAAGGAGAAAGAGCAGGCGGAUGAGCAGCUCCAUGAGAACGAGCAGCGAUCUAAACUCCUGCAGCAGGAGAAGGAGUACUACUCCACUCAGGCUCAGACGCUGCAGCAAUCGCUCUCUCAGCUGACGGCGGACAAGCAGCAGACUGAGGCCGAGCUCAAGGCAGAGAUCCAGUCCCGCAUGGAGCUUGAACAGAGGCUGAAGCAGGCUGAGGAGGCUCUGCAGGAUCUGGAGAAGGGCCUGAACUCACUGGAGCGAACCAAGGAGAGAGAUGAGAAGAUGAAAGGCGAUGUGACGCAUCUGAGAAAGUUCUUUGAGGAGUGUAUCUGUGCAGCGGAGAUAGAGGCGAAGCUCCCAGCUAUAAUGAAGAACGCUGUUUACCUUCACAAAGCUGCUGCUCGGAGAAUUAAGAGCUGCCGCAUCCAAAGGAGAGCUUCCAGACGCCACUGGUUGAAACACUCCAAGUCGUUUGCUGUGGCUGACCCCGACGAUGGCAGCAUGGAGGAACUGAGGGCGACGGCUCGAAGGCUGACUUCUGACAGCAGCUUCAGGGAGAGCGUGUACAAGAUUGUCGUUCGCAAGGAAGCCGCAAACACCAUAAUGGACUGAACGGAGGAUGGAAAGGCAGAAAUGGUCCUUUAGUUUUAUUUCAGUCAGCAGAUAUUUGGAAAAAAAAGAGAACCUGAUCCCAAGCGUACCAUUAAUGUAGCCACACACAUCUGUUCAAUGGAAAUCUUGGAUCUGUCAAAAUAAAGUAAUAAUAAACAAUUCA